GCCCCGCCUGGCCCGCGGCGAUGUCGGGCUACCCGCGCCGCCCGGGCGCCACCCCGCUGUCCCGAGUCCGGAGCCUCGCCAUUCCCGACGCUCCAGCGUUCUAUGAGCGCCGGUCUUGUCUCCCCCAGCUAGACUGUGAGCGCCCCCAUGGCAGGGACCUGGACUCCCCCUUCUUCGGCAUUCGGCCGGCCUUUAUGUGCUAUGUGCCCAGCCCGGUGCUGGCUUCCGUGGGAGACACAGAUUUUGGCUAUGGAAAGGGGAAAUAUUCUAAGCAGAGCCCGUCAGGAGCCCACGAGACACAUUUUGGAGAUGACAAAUUUGAAGAUCUCGAAGAGGCAAAUCCAUUCUCCUUUAAAGAGUUUCUGAAGACCAAGAACCUCGGCCUGUCAAAAGAGGACCCGGCCAGCAGGAUUUAUGCAAAGGAAGCCUCGAGGCAUUCACUGGGACUUGACCACAACUCCCCACCCUCCCAAACCGGGGGGUAUGGCCUGGAGUAUCAGCAGCCAUUUUUUGAGGACCCGACAGGGGCCGGUGACCUCCUGGAUGAGGAGGAGGAUGAGGACACUGGAUGGAGUGGGGCCUACCUGCCGUCCGCCAUCGAGCAGACUCACCCCGAGCGGGUCCGUGCCGGCACAUCGCCCUGCAGCACAUACCUUUCCUUUUUCUCCACCCCGUCGGAGCUGGCAGGGCCUGAGUCUCUGCCCCCAUGGGCAUUGAGUGACACUGAUUCUCGCGUGUCUCCGGCCUCUCCGGCAGGGAGUCCUAGCGCAGACUUUGCGGCUCAUGGAGAGUCUCUGGGAGACAGGCACCUGCGGACGCUGCAGAUAAGUUACGAAGCACUGAAAGAUGAAAAUUCUAAGCUGAGAAGAAAGCUGAAUGAGGUUCAGAGCUUCUCUGAAGCUCAAACAGAAAUGGUGAGGACACUUGAGCGGAAAUUAGAAGCAAAAAUGAUCAAGGAGGAGAGCGACUACCACGACUUGGAGUCGGUGGUUCAGCAGGUGGAGCAGAACCUGGAGCUGAUGACCAAACGGGCUGUAAAGGCAGAAAACCACGUCGUGAAACUGAAACAGGAAAUCAGUUUGCUCCAGGCGCAGGUCUCCAACUUCCAGCGAGAGAAUGAAGCCCUGCGGUGCGGCCAGGGCGCCAGCCUGACUGUGGUGAAGCAGAACGCCGACGUGGCCUUGCAGAACCUCCGGGUGGUCAUGAACGGCGCACAGGCUUCUAUUAAGCAACUGGUUUCCGGAGCUGAGACACUGAAUCUCGUUGCUGAAAUCCUUAAAUCUAUAGACAGAAUUUCUGAAAUUAAAGAUGAGGAGGAAGACUCCUGAGGACCCCUGGGUGUUUUCAGCAUGAAGCUCCGCGUAUGCCCUGAGAUCACCACCGCUUGAUCUGAAUGUGCAGUUGUGUCCUUAAAUACGCAGUCUUCACCCAGAGUAAAGUGUUUAUCGCAAGAGUCCAGUGUCGUGCCCUCAGCCAGUUCUUGGCCACCGCAAUGGGAGCAGCCCUGGCCGAGCUGCCCCCGUGGUUUCUAUGCAGCCCUUCGUGGCGAAAUUCCUGCGGUGUUUACAGAUUCUGAUGAGCUCUUGGAAGACACUGUCAUGAAAGCCAGCGAUUUUAAGAAAGAGCGGUUCUGGAAUCAGUGUUUUCCAAUCCCAUCCCAGAACAUCAGUUGUAAGAUAAGUACAGUUGAUUGCCCUUGCUUUCGUAAGUAGAACAAACACUAAAUGCGCCUCUGAGGUGGCCACCCUGGGCAGGGACCUGUGCCUUCCGCCGACACUCAGGGCUCCCUCUGGCUCCCGGGUCACUCUGGUGGCCCCAGCGGCUGGUCCCUGUGGUCAUGGCUCGAGUGCGGAGGGGCCACUGCAUGGCUGCUGCUGUCCUCCCCCAGGACCCACGGGGACCGUGGCCACACAUUCCGUGCUGUGAAGCUGUCCAGAUGCGCCGCUUUGGCUGGGGGUUCUGGUGGAUGUUUCAAGUAGCAUUUUGUACAAUGCAGUUUAGAAUUCAGGAAUUUCAAGUAUGUGCAGAGCCCGCCUGCCCGGGUGUGUGAGGUCCUAGCUGCCUUUCUGACGGCCUCCCGCAGAGGGAGGUUGAUGAACACUAAAUGCCUUUUUGACUUUUUUCCUAUAGAAUUUUUUUUAAACUUUCUUUUUUCCUCCUGUUCCAAAUGAUAGUUUUUUUAUUUAAUAAAUUCUGCAGUUGACCGCA